AUGGAUGAUGAGGGAGGAUACGUCUGCGUAGCAAGAAAUCCAGAUGGGGACACCGCCAGGAGGAAACUGAAUGUUCAAGUUAUGGUCCCUCCAACAUGGCGGCAUGAGCCUAACGACACAGAGGUCGUGCUAGGGAGCAGCCUCAUGGUGGACUGUGCAGCGGACGGGUCGCCCUUACCAAGUAUCCUCUGGAGGAAGGAGUCUCCAGUACCAAGGUCUCCAUUCCAAAACAUCCAAAGAGCUGAAAAUUUCAAAGUUCUUGAGAAUGGGAGCCUAUGGAUACAGCAUGUACUUCUAGAGGACAAAGGUUACUAUGUCUGUGAAGCUAGUAGUGGCAUCGGGCUUGGUUUGAGCAAGGGAAUCUACAUCACCGUACAUGUACCAGCAAGAUUUUCCUCGGAAUUUCGUAAUGUAACUGCGAAGAAGGACAGCACUGCAAUACUGGACUGCGUAGCCGAGGGAGAUAAGCCAUUAAAAGUGCAGUGGAUUCAAGCUAACCGCUUAGUCCAACCGAAUCACGUUAAACUAGAUAUCAAGGAGGAGCAUUUAGAUUUUGGACUGCGUUCGAAAAUGACAAUAAAGCAUGUUCAACGGGACGACACUGCUACGUUUGGUUGCUUAGCCAGUAACCAGUACGGCAGUGAUCGUAUGGAAUUCCAGCUGAUCGUGCAAGAAAAUCCAGAGCCUCCAGUGAAUGUGCAUUUGAUUAAUUUUUCAAGCAGGUCACUGAAUAUAAGCUGGGAAAUGCCCUAUAAUGGAAACAGCCCGAUACACACUUUCAUAAUACAGAUCAAAAACACUUCAGGUUCGUGGUCAAAGGACGUCCGACGAGUGAGCGUGAGCGGCGAUCAGACCAAGGCCCACAUCACCGGCCUCCACCCUGCUCACAGCUACCAGCUGAGGGUAGUUGCAGAGAAUUCUGUCGGUACGUCUAAUGCGAGCGACGUCGUUUCUGUAACCACGUCAGAAGAAGUUCCAGGAGGACCGCCCCGCGAUGUGAAAAUCAAAGUCAGGAAUUCAGAGGCUCUGCUUGUCAGUUGGAAGCCACCUGAAAGUUACCUGCAACAUGGUGAGAUUACUGGAUACCAUGUUGGUUACCGAGCGCGAAAUUCGACAGAGUCUUUCCUUUUUAAAUCCUACGAAGUAAUUCCAGGGACUGACCUCCAAAUAACGUUGUCGAAUUUGCAAAAGUUCACGGAGUAUACUAUCGUUGUGCAGGCAUACAACAGAGCAGGAGCUGGACCCCGUAGUCAGCAGCUUGUUGCUUCAACUGAUGAAGAUGUGCCUGGAGCUCCUCCAACUGAUGUGCAAUGCACUGCAUUGUCGGCAUAUAGCAUUCUGGUUCUGUGGUCUCCACCCCCUGAGACAGAAAUAAAUGGAAUUCUUCUGGGUUAUCGAGUCAUGUACCAUGCUCUCUCGAACUGGGAUGAUAUGUUCACUGUGGAUGAACAAACAACAAUAGAAAACAAGAUUGAAUUGUUGGAUCUCACGCCUUUCUGUAACUACAGCAUAGAAGUGAAAGCCUUCACUCGGAAGGGUGAUGGAGUUGCCAGCCGUCCAAUCUUUUGCAGAACACAGGAAGAUGUUCCAGGUGAACCAGAAGACAUUAAGGCGCUGGUUAUGGACUCAAGAACAAUACUUCUCUCGUGGAGGCCUCCUCGAUACCCAAAUGGAAGAAUCAAGAAGUACAAAGUAUACAUACGGUCCGUAGAUGGUGUCGGUAUGGACAGGGACCAGUACGAUUUGCCUUCAGAGCAGACCUACUACAGUAUAUCGCAUUUGGAAACUCACCACAGAUACGAAUUCUGGGUGACGGCCUUCACUAUUGUUGGCGAGAGCAAGCCGUCAAGACACGUGGUGCAGGCACCAACCAACCACGUUCCAGCUCGGAUUGCCUCAUUCAGUGAAUCGGUAACAGUGGCAUGGAAAGAAGAACUCAGACUACCUUGCUUAACAGUGGGACAACCCGCUCCAAUUUUACGCUGGCACAAAAAUGGUAAAACAAUUCAAGGGAACAGGCACGUACAAAUAAACUCAGAAGGUACUGUUUAUAUAAGCUCCAUACAAAGCUCGGAUGCAGGAAACUAUUCUUGCUUGGCGGAAAACGUUUUCGGAAAGGAAGAAAUAAUAUAUUUGGUGUCUGUUCAAGAAAGCAGGAGCAGAGGAAUUCCAUCUGCUCCAACAGAAUUUCAAGCAACUUCGCUUUCUACAUCCACUAUCACAGUGACAUGGCAAGCACCUCUAUCAAAAGGAAGCACUAUUAAAGGUUAUUAUCUACACUUCAAAAGAGAAUUUGGUGAGUGGGAGAAGAUAAAAAUUCCAGCUCAUGAUAUGAGUUUCACUCUAAACAACCUUCAGUGUGGUACAAGACACCAGUUCUAUCUUCAAGCAUUUAAUCAAUUGGGACAAAGCUCUCCAACUUCCACAAUAUCACAGCGAACACAGGGUUCUGCUCCAGUUGCACCAAGUAUCUUUGACCUCAUACAUGUCAACUCAACGUCAAUUUCCUUAAAUGUUACAUCAUGGGGAGAUGGUGGCUGUCCCAUAACUUCAUUUGUCGUGGAAUAUAAGUUGAAACAUGGAGUGGACUGGACAUUAGUCUCAAAUAAUGUAAAAUUUGAUCAAACAGAAUUUUUGGUGCUUGAUCUUAAUCCUGAGACUUGGUACACACUACGGAUGACAGCACAUAAUAGUGCAGGGUCUACAAUUCACAAAUAUGACUUUGUAACCCUUACUCAUUCUGGAGCUAUUGUAGCUCCAGAGCUAAUCAUUCACUCUGGUUAUGGGCAAAACAGUAUCUUUAGUGAUCUUGGAAUAAUAAUACCAACAGGAGCUGCUUUAGUCAUCAUAGUAGUGUCUGGUGCAGGAUUUUUCUUGUAUAUGAAGAGAAAACAAGAAUUAUACAAUGCAAAUAAGUAUGGAGAAAAGCCAUCACAGAUAGGACUUGUGCCUGAUGUGCAGAAGACUGGGAGAUGUGAGUCUGACACAACAGCAGGAGGUAGUAUUGGAUGUGGUGCAAUGGUCAGUUCAAGCCCAAAUGAAUCACUGUGCUUGCCCACUCCAGUGCAUAUAUCAUUGGGGCGCAGACAAGAUAUUAGUCCUUAUGCAACUUUCCAGGUACCUAAUUCCACAGGUGGUGAAGGAGCAAUGGAAAGUACACCACAAACUAUUGAUCACUGCUCACACAGUCAGCACAUAAAGGGAGCCAAUACUGAUACAUAUAAGUAUGGCAGCAGUGCAGACUCUGUUUAUACAAAGAUUUGUAAGAAGUCACAGUAUGGUGAUGAUGAUGAUGCUGUGGACUGGAUUCCUCUCCACAGUUUGUAUAAAUCUCACAGGUACUGACAGUAAAUUGACUUGUGCUGGUAUGGCAUCUGUCUUCCAAACCGUUUCCUCUGUUGUGCGUUUCUUGGAUAAAAGAAAAUGGAAAUAUAAGAUUGUGGAUUUAAUAAUUAAAGAUUUAUCAAGUGCCUUAUUUUAGGAAUUUGUGAGAACUGUUUUGGAGGUGAUACAGUCAAGGAUAACUUUGCAACACCUUAAGUGCCCAGUGUAUAUGAAAUCAUACAAGUGAGCUCGAGAGGCAUCAUUACCUACAACAUACAGCAGUACAAUGGCAAGUGGUGCCUCAGAUAAUGUUGUGAGAAAUUGAUAUAUACAACUGCUGGAAAACAAUUGUGUAUUAUUUUAAGAUUCCCUGAUUAAACUGUUAAUUCCCAUUCAUUUGUCUAACAUCCAUCAGAUAGCAAAUAUUUGUGGUGUAAUAAUAUUUACAUUUACAUAGUUAGCAAUGUUGUUGAUUCCAUUUUACUGCAGAGUAGUUUGACAAAGGUGACAAGUGUGGUUGUCAAAAUAUGGUGCAGAAAAAUGGAACUGUCAGCCUGACAAUUAAAAUGGAAAAAAUCUCAGGAAUCAGUUGUGACAUUGUCGAAAAAUUUCAUUUAUAACACAAGUAACUAGUUGUUUGCUGUUUUAUGCCUUAUAAAAUGCAGUCUUUUGUGGUUCAAGAUACCUUAUGUUUGAAUGGUUUCAACGGAAUACAGUGUUACAAUACAUUAACACACUUUCUAUUAUUUAUUUCAAACACAUGAAAGGUUGAUAUUUAGAUAAUCUCAUUCAGUUGUGGUGAGAAGACAAGAUAAAAGUCUGUUAUGUUUAGAUUAAUACUGUACUUUCUCAAAUCUGUGCCACUGGAACAUUUUGGAAAUAAGCUUUUUAUAACCUGGUGAUAUAAUUUUCUAUGAAUAAAGUUCAGUUUCUAGAAUAUUAAAUGAAACAACAAGCUUACUGUUACCCUUCACUGUUUUGUGACAGGUAUAAAAAAUAAAAUUAAAAAAAAAUAUAAAAAACAGUAAACUUGUUGUCUCAUUUAAUGUCAAUAACAGUCUCGGUAAAGCGUAACUAAAAUGUUCUAGAAUAUUUAUGUACAUAAAGUUGGCAUAAAUCUGACACACUAGAAUGUGGAAUGAAACAAGAAGCUGCAGUCAUCAUAAAGACAGUCACAAUUACGAUUGUUGAUAUGAUGAACUCAAGUAUCUGGCUGAAUAAAACUUGUUUUAUUGUGAAAACUCAUCUUAUGACUCUGCAGCUUCUUUUUACUUCGUUGAGA